GUCGUCGGUGCAGAGCUCAGGAGAGGACUGAGACCUUCAGCGAUGCCGCUGUUGGUAGAAGCCGGGCCCGCGCGCCUCGUCCGGUCCGCCCAGAAGGACGAGCUCUAUCGGGGGUCGCUGAGGAGCGGAGCCGGGGCUGCUUUGGGAGGGCUGGCAGGUGCUAAAACAUGGCUGGAAUGGCAGAAGGAAAUUGAGCUGCUUGCUGAUAUUGCUUAUUUCACACUCACCACCUUUUCAGGUUACCAAACUCUUGGUGAAGAAUACGUCAAUAUUAUUCAAGUGGACCCAUCGGGGAAAAGAGUUCCUUCAGUACUUCGCCGGGCUGCCCUGAUUUCUUUCCACACUGUCUUGCCUUAUAUGUUAGAGAAAGGAUUAGUACACCUGGAACAUGAACUUGAGAUUGAACCUGAUGGGACGAGGGCUUUGCAAAACAGACACUUGGGUAGGUUGCGAGGCAGGACUUUAUUUCGGAGUUGGCUGCAGGAAUGGCUUGGCAGAUUGACAGAGAAACAGAGGAAAAUGCUCAGUCAGGCUGCCUACAUCCUCAAGCAAGGUCUUCCACUCCUUCGUAGGCUGCACUUGGCCAUCUUCUAUAUGAAUGGCAUCUUCUACCAUCUAUCCAAAAGGAUGGCAGGAAUCACAUAUCUACGGUCCGCAGGGUUGGCUGGAGAUGAUCAGAGCGUCCGAUCGAGUUACAAGCUUCUUGGGAUCGUUUCCUUGCUGCAUCUGGUGCUGAUGGCUGGCAUCCACGCAUACAGCUUCCAGCGAAGGCAAAGGGCAAGACAAGAAUGGAAGCUACACCGUAACCUCUCCUAUCAGACAACCCCGCCUGAGGAGAGACUCCUCAGCCGCAGCUCUUGCUGCACUCUGUGCUUAGAAGAACGCAGGCACGCCACGGCCACCCCUUGCGGGCACCUCUUCUGCUGGGAAUGUGUCACUGAGUGGUGCAACACAAAGACUGAGUGCCCGCUAUGCAGAGAGAAAUUUCAUCCACAGAAGCUGAUCUAUCUACGACACUAUCGAUAACAGCUGGCUGUCAGAUUGUAAAGUGUUAGGAGCCAACGAAAGUACAACUUUUGACCAAGUGCAAGACUUUAUUUUGAUAUUAAAUUGUAGUGAUAAAACGGAGCAGCCAAACACUUAAGUUUCACUGCCUGUACAAGGAGAUAUGAACCUGUCAGUUUACAAAACGAACUCCUGGUGUUUGAUCCUUUUUAGCUUGUGGAACUGAGUGUAAGAAUCUGGCUGAAUUCUGGUAAACCUUUUUACAUGUUGCUGGUAUCUGCUGGAUCCAUGACGUUUGGGAAAUGGCGUAUUUUCUCUGUGUAAGAAGUUUCUUAACAUUUAAUUAGAACUUUUUGCCAUUCAUAAUCGAUGUUCUAAUGCAUCUUAAAGAUGAGAUUUCUAGCUUAAAUAUGCCUGGCGGUGGGGACUCUCUGCUAUCAGGCAGCCAAACUAUGCCUAUUCAUCCAUUUUUAAAAACAACAACUCUGAAGUUCCCUACGGUAUGCCUUGAUGUAUUUGAAUUGAUAUACUUUCAUACCAUAUACGCUGGAAAGGGAGUCAUUCAGUUUAGACCAGAUCUGAACUGGAUGCCACUACUGGCCCUGCUCUGCACCACAAAUUGAAAUCCAGUUAGAAACACACACUCAACUGUGAGUUCGUGCCAAAAUUGGCAGUAUAGUAUACUUUUCUAAUGCCUUAAGCUAAGACGCUUUGUGUAAUUAAGCUUAAUUGAUUUCAAUGGAACUUGCUUUCAUGUUAUGUGCUGAGCAGCAGAAACAUUAAUUAUAAUGUACUUCUUUACUCUGGUCAUUCAUAUAGUUUCAUAUUGUAUUUUUUUUUUAAGUAAAAGUCCUAACACUUGUCUGGAACUCGCCAAGCAAAAAUACUAAUUCCAUAAUGCUGAAAGGGGGAAAUUAAUUCAUAUGGCACAGGGUAUUUCAUAUUUGUCAUCGCUUUGCCAAACACAAUGUUACAUGUUUCCUUUUAGAGUUGGUAAUAAGUAGCUUCCAUUGCUUUGACUAUAAUCUUUGUACAAUAGUGCAAAGGGCUUUUUUUAAAGAUAGAUCUCAAAUACAUUAUUCCACAAGAUUAAAGCUGUUUUGAGAAAAGGGGGAGAAAAGUUAACACGUAGUUCCUUGUGUUGGUUUUAUAAAGACUACUAAACCCAAGAAAGGGACACUGUCUUUUAAUAAAGUUUGGAAUUUAAAAAGUCACUUAAUAAAAUUGUUUAUAGUUGUAUCACAUCAAAAAAGUUUUACAUGCAGGUAAUUUAUUUCCAUAUUUCUCUCCAUAGAAAAUUAAAAGCUGUGUUAAAACCCACAAAGUCUCGUCCGCCAUGGCCAGUCUAGAUGUGUCUUGGAAAGGGCUACA